AUGACGACUGGAUACUAUUAUGAUGCCAACAACCAGCGUCAGGGAACAUACUCGAACACUACAUACGACAUCGACGUCGGUACUUUGAGGCACUGGUCAUCUUCUGCCGAUCUAUUCUCUGUAAAGCACGCACAGGGUCAGUUGCCUAAUGCAAGCUGGAAUCUGACGUACAAGCCAGUAGGUCCGAAUCUGUUCCAUGGCGGCUUCGGUAUCUGGUUCUGGGCUACCGACCUCACGGUAGAAAUCGGAUCUCCUCAAAUGUGGGUCACGGGCACACUCACAGUUAAUGGCACUGAGUGGGGAACAGGUGCCAGUCCAGGGUGGUUUUGGUUCAAUUUUUACCUUGAUAACGGCUGGGUCAUUGCUUCUUGGAUAACUCGCUCCCCUGAUCCUAAGACAUCGGUUCAAGCCUUCGCCACACUCGUGCGCCCCGAUGGACACCAAGAAGUACAUGUGGUGGAUGACCCUGUUCCAUCAACGACGAACACGUGGAUAUCACCAGUUACGAACAUCACAUACCAUAACGAAUUUCGCCUGGGCAUUUCUUCUUUAGACCUAAAACUCGAUAUCAAGCGUCCGAUUAGGGGAGCUGGAGAGAUGUCGUUCUUUGCAAAGCCUUCGACUACCACUACUCUCUUCGAGGUGCCCAUCGAAUUUACAGGGACAUUGAAUGGAAAAUCUGUCUCUGGAUUUGGACUAUCUGAGCAGUGGAAUCCAGGCGUUCAAGCUGGAUGA